AUGGUCCUUCUGUUGAUCCUGUCAGUCCUGCUUUUGAAAGAACAUGUCCGUGGGAGCGCACAGUCCAGCGAGCGGAGGGUGGUGGCGCACAUGCCGGGCGACAUCAUCAUCGGGGCCCUGUUCUCCGUGCACCACCAGCCCACGGUGGACAAGGUUCACGAGCGCAAGUGCGGGGCGGUGCGCGAGCAGUACGGCAUCCAGCGGGUGGAGGCCAUGCUGCACACCCUGGAGCGCAUCAACUCGGACCCCACGCUGCUGCCCAACAUCACGCUGGGCUGCGAGAUCCGCGACUCCUGCUGGCACUCGGCCGUGGCCCUGGAGCAGAGCAUCGAGUUCAUAAGGGACUCGCUCAUCUCCUCGGAGGAGGAGGAAGGCCUGGUGCGCUGCGUGGACGGCUCCUCCUCGUCCUUCCGCUCCAAGAAGCCCAUCGUGGGCGUCAUCGGGCCCGGCUCCAGCUCCGUGGCCAUUCAGGUCCAGAACCUGCUCCAGCUUUUCAACAUACCUCAAAUCGCCUACUCGGCCACAAGCAUGGAUCUGAGCGACAAAACUCUGUUCAAGUACUUCAUGAGGGUCGUGCCUUCCGACGCCCAGCAGGCCCGCGCCAUGGUGGACAUCGUGAAGAGGUACAACUGGACCUACGUGUCGGCGGUGCACACAGAAGGCAACUAUGGAGAAAGUGGGAUGGAAGCUUUCAAAGAUAUGUCCGCCAAGGAAGGGAUUUGCAUCGCUCAUUCUUACAAAAUCUAUAGCAAUGCGGGGGAGCAGAGCUUCGAUAAACUGCUCAAGAAGCUCACGAGCCACUUGCCCAAGGCACGGGUGGUGGCCUGUUUCUGCGAGGGCAUGACCGUGAGAGGGCUGCUGAUGGCCAUGCGGCGCCUGGGGCUGGCCGGAGAGUUCCUGCUUCUGGGCAGUGACGGCUGGGCGGACAGGUACGAUGUGACAGAUGGCUAUCAACGAGAAGCUGUUGGUGGAAUCACAAUCAAGCUCCAGUCUCCCGACGUCAAGUGGUUUGAUGAUUAUUAUCUGAAGCUCCGGCCAGAAACAAACCUCCGAAACCCUUGGUUUCAAGAAUUCUGGCAGCAUCGCUUUCAGUGCCGGCUGGAAGGGUUUGCACAGGAGAACAGCAAAUACAACAAGACUUGCAAUAGUUCUCUGACUCUGAGAACACAUCAUGUGCAAGACUCCAAAAUGGGAUUUGUGAUCAAUGCAAUCUAUUCCAUGGCCUAUGGGCUCCACAACAUGCAGAUGUCCCUCUGUCCAGGCUACGCGGGCCUCUGUGAUGCCAUGAAGCCAAUUGAUGGACGAAAACUUUUGGACUCUCUGAUGAAAACCAAUUUUACUGGGGUUUCUGGAGACAUGAUCCUAUUUGAUGAGAAUGGAGACUCUCCAGGAAGGUAUGAAAUAAUGAACUUCAAAGAAAUGGGAAAAGAUUAUUUUGAUUAUAUCAAUGUUGGAAGCUGGGACAAUGGAGAAUUAAAAAUGGAUGAUGAUGAAGUAUGGGCCAAGAAAAGCCACAUCAUCAGAUCUGUGUGCAGCGAACCAUGUGAAAAAGGCCAGAUAAAGGUGAUCCGAAAGGGAGAAGUGAGCUGCUGUUGGACCUGCACGCCCUGCAAGGAGAAUGAGUACGUCUUUGAUGAGUACACCUGCAAGGCGUGCCAGCUGGGGUCCUGGCCCACCGACGACCUCACAGGUUGUGACUUGAUCCCAGUGCAGUAUCUCCGCUGGGGUGACCCCGAGCCCAUCGCAGCCGUGGUGUUUGCCUGCCUGGGCCUGCUGGCCACCCUGUUUGUCACCGCGAUCUUCAUCAUCUACCGAGAUACGCCGGUAGUCAAAUCCUCCAGCAGGGAACUCUGCUACAUUAUCCUCGCUGGCAUCUGCCUGGGCUACUUGUGUACCUUCUGCCUCAUUGCGAAGCCCAAACAGAUUUACUGCUACCUGCAAAGAAUAGGCAUUGGUCUCUCCCCAGCCAUGAGCUACUCGGCUCUGGUCACCAAGACCAAUCGGAUUGCGAGGAUCCUGGCAGGCAGCAAGAAGAAGAUCUGCACCAAAAAGCCCCGAUUCAUGAGUGCCUGCGCCCAGCUGGUGAUUGCGUUCAUCCUCAUAUGCAUUCAGCUGGGCAUCAUCGUCGCCCUGUUUAUCAUGGAGCCUCCGGAUAUAAUGCACGACUACCCGAGCAUCCGAGAGGUCUACCUGAUCUGUAACACCACCAACCUGGGGGUCGUCACCCCUCUCGGAUACAACGGACUGCUGAUCCUGAGCUGCACCUUCUACGCCUUUAAGACCAGAAACGUCCCGGCGAACUUCAACGAGGCCAAGUACAUCGCCUUCACGAUGUACACCACCUGCAUCAUUUGGCUGGCCUUUGUGCCCAUCUACUUCGGCAGCAACUACAAGAUCAUCACCAUGUGCUUCUCCGUCAGCCUCAGCGCCACGGUGGCGCUUGGCUGCAUGUUCGUGCCCAAGGUCUACAUCAUCCUGGCCAAGCCCGAGAGAAACGUGCGCAGCGCCUUCACCACGUCCACCGUGGUGCGCAUGCACGUGGGCGACGGCAAGUCCUCCUCGGCGGCCAGCAGGUCCAGCAGCCUGGUCAACCUGUGGAAGAGGAGGGGCUCCUCUGGGGAAACCCUAAGGUACAAAGACAGGAGGCUGGCCCAGCACAAGUCGGAAAUAGAGUGUUUCACCCCCAAAGGGAGUAUGGGGAAUGGUGGGAGAGCAACCAUGAGCAGCUCCAACGGCAAGUCGGUCACUUGGGCGCAGAACGAGAAGAGCAGCCGCGGGCAGCACCUGUGGCAGAGGCUGUCGGUGCACAUCAACAAGAAGGAGAACCCCAACCAGACGGCCGUCAUCAAGCCCUUCCCCAAGAGCACGGAGGGCCGCGGCGCGGGGGGCGCGGGCGGCGGCGGCGGGCCCGAGCCCCCGGACGCCGGCCCCAAGGCGCGCCCCGCCGCGGCCGAGGCCGAGGAGCGCAGCGCCGCGCCGCGCGCGCCGUCGCCCAUCAGCACGCUGAGCCGGCGCGCGGGCGGCCGCCCCGACGACGAGGACGCGCGCUCGCUGCGCUCGGAGCCCGCGGCGCGCAGCAGCUCGUCGCAGGGCUCGCUGCUGGAGCAGAUCAGCAGCGUGGUGACCCGCUUCACGGCCAACAUCAGCGAGCUCAACUCCAUGAUGCUGGCCGCCCCGGGGGCGCCCGGCGCGGGCGCCGCGCUCUGCUCGGCCUACCUGAUCCCCACGGAGAUGCAGCUGCCCGCCGCCGUAAUGACCACGUUCGCCGAGAUCCAGCCGCCGCCCGCCGCCGAGGCCCCGCCGGCGGAGGGCGCCGCCCGGGAGCCUUCCCCCUCGGCGGCGGCGGCCGGGCCCGAGGCUGCGGCCGGCAAGGCGGACCUGGAGGAGCUGGUGGCGCUCACGCCGCCGUCCCCCUUCAGGGACUCGGUGGACUCUGGGAGCACCACCCCCAACUCGCCGGUGUCCGAGUCGGCCCUGUGUAUCCCGUCGUCUCCCAAGUACGACACGCUUAUCAUCAGAGAUUACACCCAGAGCUCCUCGUCCUUGUGA